GACAUAUUGAAAACCUUGAGUGUGAUUUGGCUCGAGAGUCAAGGGGGAGGGGAAUGAGUGUUGUCUCGGGCGUCUCGCGAUAAUUUCCGUGCAUUUUCGUUGCAGGCGCGUGACGCUGAUUGGUUUUAACUCAUUUGCCCUGCAGUUUUUAUGAUUCCUAAGCAGAAAACAAAACGUUUGGAAGCCAUUCACUGAAGGAGUCUUUUAUUGCUGAAUUCCAGAAGAACAAAAUGUCCCUGGAUCUAACUGUAAAAGUGCACCCCACUGUGCUUUUUCAAAUAGUUGAUGCCUAUGAAAGGAGAAGUCAAGAUAAAGCCAGAAUCAUCGGUACAUUGUUAGGAACAUAUGAGAAAAAUGGAGUGGAGGUCACAAACUGCUUCUGUGUACCCCAUGCUGAGACACAGGAAGAGCUCUUCAUCAAGAUGGACUUUGCCAGCGAGAUGUACGAGCUACACCAGCAGGUGGCGCCGCUGGAGACGAUGGUCGGCUGGUUCGCCACCGGGCCCGAGGUCACCGACCACUCAGUGCUCAUCCACACGUACUACUCCAAGCAGGCCAAGUGUCCCACCCCCAUCCACCUCACGCUGGACACCAUCAUGGCCAACGGACGCAUGAGCUGGAAGGCCUACAUCAGUAACCCGAUGGGCGUGCCGGGCGGCACGGGCGGCACCAUGUUCAGCCCGGUACCCGUCGAGCUGGUGGCGCACAGCGCAGAGCUGGUCGGCAUGAACGUCGCGCAAAACACCAAGUACAGCAAGACCAAGACGUUCGAGCCGGAGUCGGACCUCAGUCAGUUCACCGGCGCCGUACGCAACAUCGAGGACAUGAUCGAUCACUUGACAGCGUACGUGGACGGGGUGCUGUCGGGGACCACCGAGCCGGACGCCACGGUCGGCCGACAGCUGCUCGACAUGGUGCACUCGGUGCCGAAAAUGUCGCAGGAACAGUUCGACGAGAUGCUCAACUCGAACAUCAAGGACCUGUUGAUGGUGGUCUACCUGUCUCAGCUGACCAAGACACAGAUCCAGGUGAGCGAAAAGCUCAGCCAACUGAAGCUGUAGGCCGCUGCCGGUCCCUGUGGUGGCCAAACUCGGGUUCUGUCUCGCUCGCGUCGGUCGGUGUUGGAGAUUGGAAUAAAGGUCCCUUCUUCGAUUA